AUGCUGCCCUGCGAUGACGAUGUCAUGCGUACUGAGUGGCACCCGCGAAGCUGGAUGCAUGACGUGCGCUCUUCCAUUGGCCACAGUGCGGUGACGCAGGUGUUUUUCGUUGGCUCGCACAACGCGGGAACGCACGGCAUUGAGAAGGCGUCGCCGUUUGGCCGAGACGCGCCAGGGCCUCUCUACGGGCGCGCAAAAAUCGGCUCCCUGGCACGCUUCCUCUUUCGUGGGGUCAGCGCGGCCUGGGCCAAGUGCCAGGGGAUGAGCAUCCGCGCGCAGCUGGACCACGGCGUGCGCUACCUGGACCUGCGCGUCGCGGCCAACCCGAGGGACGGCAACCGGCUGUACACCACCCACGGCCAAAUCUCAGUGGCACUGCGAGAUGUGGUGAAGGAUGUGGGGGCGUUUCUCGACGACCCUGCCUCCGCGAAUGAGUUUGUUGUGCUGGACUUUCAGCACCUGUUUCUCGCGGAGGACGGCGACGGGCCAGCCAACUUCCUCGCGGAGCUAGGCCCCCUCUCGAGCCGCUUUAUACCGGCGGAGGUGCCGCUUACAACGCCGCUUUCGCUGCUGUGGGAGGCGUCGCGUGAGCAACGUGUGUUUCUCCUGGUUAGCGCAAGCGAGACUGAUCUGAAGUUCCCCGCCGCGCGGGUUCGUUCCAGUUGCGUUGUGUCCCGUUGGGUGAAUCAAUCCUCCUUGAAAAGGCUUCUGCGGUCGCUCACGACGCUGCUACACAUCGAUCUUUUGCGUGCCGACGCUGGUGUGCCUCCCAAACUGUACGUCACGCAGGCCAUCUACACGCCACGCAAGAGGAGCAUUCUCAGGGGGUUCUUCGCCAAAGCCUUCAAGAAGCCUGCCUCUAGCCUGCAUGACGUGGCGGCGCGCCUGAACUCGCCUCUGCUUGAGUGGUUUUGCUCACUGAAUGCCCCUGCGCACCUGCACGGCGACGCAGUGGCGGUUCCGCCAGGGUUAAACACUCAUGGCAACAUACUUAUGCUGGACUACGUGGAAGUGGGCCACUGCCGGCCGCCGGGGGGCACGAGGGUGCUGAAUGCGGUCGGCAUGUGCGUGUACCUCAACCUGCUACGUGCGUCACGCCUGCGGGCAGAUUCCCCAGCGGGACAGCCUUGUAGAGCGAUAAGCAGAGCGGCCGUGACGCGGCCACCCAAAAAGGCGUGA